AUGAGGUACUUCACCGUCUGGGACUAUGUGGUCUUUGCGGCCAUGCUGGUGGUCUCGGCCGUCAUCGGCGUCUACUAUGCCUUCGCAGGGGGAGGGCAGAAGACAUCCAAAGACUUCCUCAUGGGGGGCCGCAGCAUGAAUGCUCUCCCCGUUGCGCUCUCCCUCACUGCCAGCUUCAUGUCAGCUGUCACUGUGUUGGGCACCCCUGCCGAGAUCUACCGAUAUGGUGCCAUCUUCUGCAUCUUCGCCAUCACCUACGGGCUGGUGGUGCUGUGCAGUGCCGAGAUCUUCCUGCCUGUCUUCUACAGGCUGGGCAUUACCAGCACCUAUGAGUAUUUAGAACUUCGAUUUAAUAAAUACCUUCGCCUCUGUGGAACAAUCCUCUUCGUUAUACAAACGACUUUAUACACUGGUAUUGUCAUUUACGCUCCAGCUUUAGCACUAAAUCAAGUCACUGGCUUCGACUUGUGGGGUGCAGUGGUGGCGACUGGCGUGGUCUGCACUUUCUACUGCACGCUGGGUGGUCUGAAGGCAGUGGUGUGGACAGACGUUUUCCAGGUUGGAAUCAUGAUAGCUGGAUUUUCGGCUGUGAUUAUACGAGCGGUGGUGGUUCAGGAAGGAAUUGGACGCAUUGUAAAUGAUUCCUACUAUGGAGGAAGAUUAAACUUCUGGGACUUUAAUCCCAAUCCUUUGCAAAGGCACACCUUCUGGACGAUUGUUAUAGGUGGGACCUUCACAUGGACUGGCGUGUAUGGGGUCAACCAGUCUCAAGUACAGAGAUACAUUGCUUGCAAAAGCAGAUUCCACGCAAAAAUGUCCCUCUACAUCAACCUGGUGGGCCUCUGGGCGAUCCUGGCCUGCGCGGCGCUCUGCGGUCUGGCCCUUUACUCCAUCUACAAGGACUGCGACCCGUGGACGGCAAAGCAGGUGUCGGCGCUCGACCAGCUAAUGCCAUACCUAGUGCUGGAUAUUCUUCAUGAUUUUCCAGGAGUGCCUGGACUUUUUGUGGCUAGUGCCUACAGUGGAACAUUAAGUACAGUGUCCUCCAGCAUCAAUGCUUUGGCUGCUGUGACUGUCGAAGACCUCAUCAGGCCUUACUUCAGAUCCCUCUCUGAAAAGAAGCUGUCAUGGAUUUCCAUGGGGAUGAGCCUGUUUUACGGCGGAGUCUGCAUCGCUAUGGCUGCACUGGCAUCUCUCCUGGGAGCCUUGUUGCAGGCAGCGCUCAGCAUUUUUGGCAUGGUCGGUGGCCCCCUUUUAGGACUGUUUUCCUUGGGAAUCCUCUGCUCCUUUGCAAAUGGAAUUGGUGCAUUUGUGGGACUUGUCUGUGGCUUUGCUAUUUCACUUUGGGUUGGAAUUGGAUCUCAGAUUUAUCCUCCACUCGCAGAGAGGACCAAUCCACUAUAUCUCUCAACUUCAGGCUGUAAUAUAUCCUCAGGAAAUUUGACAUCAACAGAAAAUCCGUUAACAACAGUCUUCAGCACACCAACUGCAGAGAGGCCUGCUCUGGCAGACAACUGGUAUUCCUUGUCUUAUCUCUACUUCAGCACACUUGGGACACUUGUCACAGUAGUUGUGGGAAUAAUUAUCAGCCUCCUAACAGGAGGACUAAAGCAGAACACAGAUCGGAUGGAACUUCAAAGCUAUGAUGCAUUUUACUCUGCUCUUCACGUCAAAGAUGGGCCAGAGAAAGUGGAAGUGUUGAACUGGAAACCAUUUGCCGUGGCAGCUGAAGGAACUGACAACCCUGCUUUCAGCCACAUUGAAAUGGAUGUUGCAAGCAAUAAGAACAAAGUCAAUGGCCUUCAUAUAUGA